GAUAUUACAAAAAUACAUUUAAAAUUUUUGUACUGUGAGAUCACAUUUUUGGCGCAGUCGCCAGUCAGUUCCUUUCGGUGGAGGAAUUCUUGUCACCCACACCUCUCCUUUACUGCCCUCGCUUCCUCCCCUCUCUCACCUAUAUAUCCCCAUCGAAGCUUUCUUCUUGAGAGAGAAACACAACAGCAAACAACCCCCAUUUAUAUGGGCUGCGUAUAUAUAUCGGUAAAAGUAACGUUUGGAUCUUGAUUUGCUUUUGCCUGGUUAAUGGCGGGCAUGGAGUGCAAGCUUUGUUCCAAGAGAUUCUCCAAUGGCAAGGCUUUGGGUGGUCACAUGAGGUCCCAUUACGCCGCAUUGCCGCUCCCACCCAAGACACCCCAGAGACAAGAAGAGGAACCCAGUGAUCCGCCCACCGAGUCGACUUCCUCGUUCUUCUCUUGUGAUGAGCGAGAAGGUGAUGAGAGAGAAAGAGAAAGCAGCGCCGAGAAAUCCUCUCUCUCUUUUGGGUUGAGAGAGGAUCCGAAGAAGCGGUUGCGGUUGGUAGAUCCCGAGUUCUUCGAGACAGAGUCUAGAUUCAAGAGGGCGAAGGGUGUGGAUGACGGAGAGCCAUUAAUGGAAGAAGAUGUUGCUUUGUGCCUGGUUAUGCUUUCACGGGAUGUGUGGAGAAUUUCAGAGGAUUCGAGAACGAGUGAGAAAGUCUACAAAUGUGAGAGAUGCGACAAGGUUUUCAAGUCAUCUCAGGGGCUGGGCAGCCACAGGGCUAGUCAUUUUAAGAAAAUCAAGAGUUCAUUUGAUGGGUUCUCCGACACCGAUCAGUUCUUCAGAAAACCAAAGGAGAUUGUGGUUAAAGAGCAAGUUCAUGAGUGCCCAUUAUGCGGUAAAAUCUUCAGGUCAGCUCAGGCUCUUGGAGGGCACAAGAGAUCACAUCUUCUGGCCUCAAAAUUUGUGGGCACAAACGUUUCUGAUAAGCUUGAAGAUGACGCCUCCAUAGAUCUUAAUCUGCCUGCGGCUGCUGCUGCUGCAAUCGAAGAUGAGGAUGAGGAUCCUGAGGAGUUUGUUAGUGAAGAAAGAUGUUUCGGUUUCUGAUGCUGAAUUUGUCAAUCACAUCAAAUGCACAGCCACAGAAGUUGUUAAGAGGGAUGGAGUGCGUGUUGUGUGUGUGUUUUACAUGCAUAUGACUGAUAACUGGCUUGAGGCACAAGAAUCUUGAGUGUCCAGUUCUGCAAGCUUGUUCUGUUCCUGUUUCCAGCUGUUAAUUGUUUGUGUUUCUGAUCUGUUUUUGUGCUUUCUAAUAUUUGCGU